AUGUCUUGGAAAAAAUCUGCAUCAUUGAUUCUUCUCGGACAACAAACAUUGUUGAAUGGAAUGAAAACAAAUGGACAUAAUUUAUUUGAUUAUUCUAUACUGUUAUUACAACGUUCACCUAAUAUGCGUUUUGCUCCCGAUUAUUCUGUUUUUCCUGGUGGAACACUAGAUCCGUCUGAUUUAUCAGAAGAAUGGCCACAUUAUAUUAAAGAAUUUCUACCAUCAACAGUUGAUUUUAAUUUGUUUAAACGGACGGAUAUUGAUAUGUAUAAUGAUAUACCAAAUCCGUAUCCCGGACUUGUCAUGCGUAUUUGUUCGAUUCGAGAAACAUUUGAAGAAACAGGAUUUCUUGUAUGUUCAACAAGAAACAAUUCACCACGAAAAAAUGUUUUUGCUUAUUUACAAACAAUCAAUAAAAUAGACUAUUGGCGUUCGGCAUGUCGUGAAGAUGGAGCUAAAUUUUUAGAAAUGUGUAAAAUACAUAAUUUAUGUCCAGAUAUAAUGGCACUGCACGAAUGGUCAGAACAUCUUACUCCUUCGUUCUCUGAUAUUCGUUUCGACAAUCUUCUUUAUAUAACAUCUAUUGAAGACACACCAACAUGUAUAAUUGCAUCUGAUGAUCCAGAAACCGUUUCUGCACAGUGGUUACCACCUAAUAUAUGGUUACAAAAUUAUGUGAGUAAUAAAACAAAAUUUCUACCUCCACAGCUAUAUGAAUUGUCUCAAAUGGAAAAUUUUCAAAAUCUAUUUGAGUUAAAUAAAUUUAUUAUUGAACGUGUAGUAAAUGGUGUAAAGCGAUCAAUCGGCAUGUUAGUCAAGUGUAGCGAUAGUGCUCUUAUACUUUAUCCUGGUGAUACACUUUAUCCAUCCAAUAUCGAUGUAAAUAAUACAUUGAUUCUGUUUGAUGGUACUGUUGAAGAAUUUAAUAAACAAAAAAUAGAUAAAGAAAAUCAAUAUUUAAAUCGAUUAGUUAUGAACAAUGAAACACGUCAAUGGGAAAUACAACGCACAUCUAAUAAUAUAUCAUUCAAAAAUGGUACACACUCGACUAUAGCAAGUAAAUUAUGA